AUGCAAGCGUGGCUUGCCCCUGGAAGGGUCAAAUCUCGGAAUCGCAAACUUACGAGCAAUAUUCGCAAAGAAAAACCGGCUAGCAUCCCCCGUUUUGAGACCAUUACUGAUGCCCCGGUCUUGGCCCAGGCAGCCGAAUACUAUAACGCCUGUAUAUACCCAGACUUAGUCCCCAUUAACGACCUUGGGCCAAACCGUGGCAUUUACAGGAUCUCGCCCAUGCAUCUUCAGCGAGGGGCUGCGCACCCCGACUAUUUACGACUUGGUAUAGUCUGUAUGACCCUCAGCCAUCGAAUGAACCGAACGAGGAAUUAUCCUCGGUCCCAUCCCCUGGCAGUGACCUUUUUCCGCUACCGGGGCCUUGUCAUUCGCUCUCUCAGUGUCGAUAUAGACGAAGGGCAUAGGCGUAUGGGUGAUGUCGUGAUUGCUGGAAUCAUCACGCUUCUACUCAUCGAUGCCCAGCAAGGUGCCUCUCCACACUGGCGAUACCACAUCGAGGGACUCCAGAAAUUAAUCACGCUGCGCGGCGGCAUUCGUUCACUGGCUAGGUCAACCGGUCUAGCGCCGCUGCUUCAUUGCUUUUUAUUCGUUCUAGUUAUUGGGGACACUUCAUCGCCUGCGUCAGACUUGGCGACGGCUACUUUACCCCGUGAGGAAAUUGAGUUCAUCCUGGAAAAGUUUGGCGGUGAAAUCUUUGCCUUCCAGAUGUGUCCCAAGCCCUUGUUCGCCGAGGUUAUAAAGAUCAAUGAUCUUCGUGUGCGAGCCUCGAAAAAAGAAUCUGCGGGACUGGAGGACCUCGCUGAAGGGGCGUAUGGAAUACUCAGCCGUAUCCAUAUAUUCUCGUCAGAACAGUGGAGUGAGUCCAAGCCGUCGUCAAAGGAGGAGUGGAUGACUGUAGGAAACGUGUACCGGGCUGCCGUGGCAUUAUACUGCGUCUUGUCGCUGCAGAGUCUAUCGGUUCUGCCGCUGACCUCUUUACUGAGAGCUAGUUGUACCACCCAUGGCCAGCUUCUGCAGGUGCUGCUCAGUGGGGCACUGUUGUCCCCGAAAAUAAAAAGAUUCUUACUAUGGCCUUUGGUCGUGCUCGGGGUGGAAGCUGUGAAUGGCGGCCCGGUGAUGCGUGCUUUUGUUCGAGAGCAGCUCCCAGAGAUGAGUCGCCACAUCGGCUCAUAUGUCCCGCUAACGGCAAAAGGCGUCCUUGAGAAAUUCUGGGCUUCAGGCGAGACGUCAUGGGAUGCUUGCUUUGAUAGACCGUACACAUUGGCGACGCAGAUUGCAGUGGACCUCAGCCAGUUGACCUAG